CGUUGAAUGAUCCGACAUGAGAUUUUUUGCGAGGUAAUGUGUAACAUUUAGCAUGCAUGGCCAUUUUUCAAUCUCAUGUCCAUAGCAAAUUUUAUCGUAGAUUUACUUGUUUGUUAUGUAAUGUAUUGUUUUAUAGCUGUAAGUAACAGAAUAAGAGGCAACAAUAUUUGUGGACAGGCUAUUAAAACUUUUUAGCCCCUCCUCCCUAAAAAAUAAUUUAGAAUAUUAAUAAUUUAUUGGUAUUAUUAUAUUCCGUGCUGCUUGACUCUGAGAAUUUUUGUACCAAGUUGUGGUAAGGUCAAUAUCUAGGUUUUAUUAUAAAUACAAGUAGUAUUUCCUGUUAGCUUCAUGUAUCUAAUAAUUUAAUUAUUCUACAGUCACUCAAAAAAUAAAAAUAAACUUCUAAUAUAAUGUCGGGAAAAGAAUUAGGUUUGACUUCCCAAGAAGACGAGUCUGGGUCAAUCUCAGAAAAAGUUCAAUUACAACAACAAGCUCUUAAUGAUGAAGAUAUUAACAAUUAUCUUUAUCUCGAGAAGCCAUGGUAUAAAUAUAGUUUUUUUUGGUUGUUGCAUUUCUAUGUUUUCUUAAUUACUUUAACGUCUACAAAUCUUGGUUAUGAUGGUUCUAUGUUAAAUGGUUUACAAUCUUUAGAAGAUUGGAAUAAAUCUAUGGGUUAUCCAACUGGUUCCAUCUUAGGUGCUCUUUCUAACGGUAACACCUUUGGUGUUCUUUUAUGUUUCCCAUUUGCUUCUUAUGUCUCUGAUAGAUUUGGUAGAAAGAGAGUUAUUAUGGUUGGUGCUUCUCUUAACGUUAUUGGUGCUGUUUUACAAGGUGCGUCUUAUAACUAUGCUUUCUUUUUGAUUUCAAGAAUUAUUUUAGGUUUCGGUUUCGGUAUUUCGACUGUUUCUGCACCAUCUUUGAUUGCUGAAAUCUCCUAUCCAAGAUACAGAGAUACUUGUACUGCUAUAUAUAACUCAUUCUACUACUUAGGUGCUAUUAUGGCUGCUUGGAUUACUUACGGUACCAGAAAUAUUUCUAAUGGUUAUUCAUGGAAGAUUCCUUCUUAUUUACAAGGUUUCUUACCUCUUGUUCAACUUCUUCUUUUCUUCUUGGUUCCAGAAUCUCCAAGAUACUUACUUUCUAAAGGUAAGGUUGAUAGAGCCAGAAAGAUCUUACACAAAUUCCACACUGGGGCCGAUGAAGAUGAACGUGCUCACAUUCUUAUUGAAUUUGAAAUUAAGCAAAUUCAAUCUGCUUUAGAAAUGGAAAAGCUUUAUUCUAGUUCAAGAUAUGCUGACUUUUUUAAAAUUCCAUCUUUCAGAAAGAGAUUGUUUUUAACUAGUUUCACUGCUUUCCUUAUGCAACUUUCUGGUAAUGGAUUAGUCUCAUACUAUUUGAAUAAGGUUUUAGAUUCUAUUGGAAUCACUGGAACCAAGAGACAAUUAGAAAUUAAUGGUUGUUUGAAUGUUUAUAACAUUGUUAUUUCUUGGGCUGCUGCUAGUGUUUGUUAUAGAUUCAAGAGAAGAUUUAUGUUCCUUACUUCUAUUAGUGGUAUGUUGGUUACAUAUAUUAUUUGGACAGUCCUUUCUGCAAUUAAUCAAAAGAGAAACUUCGAACAAACGUCAUUGGCCAAUGGUGUUCUUGCUAUGAUUUUCCUUUACUAUCUUUGUUACGAUUUUGGUCUUAAUGGUUUACCAUACUUAUAUGUUACUGAGAUUUUACCAUACUCUCACAGAGCAAAAGGUCUUAAUAUUUUCCAAUUCUGUCAACAAGCUUUCGUUGUUUACAACGGUUUUGUUAACCCAGUUGCUAUGGAAAAUAUUGAAUGGAAAUACUAUAUUGUCUACUGUUGUAUUCUUGCUGUUGAAUUAGUUUUAGUAUACUUCUUCUACGUGGAAACUUUUGGUCACACCUUGGAAGAAGUUGCCACCGUUUUUGGUGAUGAUACUACUGCUGCUUUACAAGCCUUCCAACAAGCUUCAAAUGAAAAGAUUGCAACUGCUCAUGUUGAAAGUAACAGUGAACAUAGUGACAACUCUUCGAAACAGGUGCUUCAAGUUUAACAAUAUGUAAAAAAAUUUAUUUGAAGACUUUCGAAAACCAAAAUGAUUAAUGUAUCUAUUUUUAAAUGAUCUUUUUAGUUCUUAUACAAAUAAUUUUUGUUUAAUACAUUCUCCCUGUUUAUUUAUAUAUAUGAAUGUGAUGAUAAUUUAUUUAGAUUCAUGUAAUAUUUUUUCGCAUUCUCGGGAAAAGCAUAAACUUUCCCUAAAUUAUUCAUA